AUGGUUACAUCAGCAAUCAAGGAAUUGAAAGAGCGAAAGGGUUCGUCUCUGCCUGCUAUCAAAAAGUAUCUGGCCGCCAAUUAUCAAGUCGACCCAGCCAAGUUGGCACCUUUCAUAAGGAAGUUCUUGACCGCUGCCGUGACGAGCGGUGCAAUCCUCCAAACUAAGGGUCAUUAUAAGCUGGCUGUAGUCGAAGCUAAACCGAAAAAAGCCGUCGUGGCGAAGAAGCCAAUCGCAAAGAAAGUGAAACCAACUACCGCCGGUACGCCUAAAAAGAAGAAGCCAGCUUCGAAAAAAACUAAAACUGCCUCCGGUGAACCAGCCGCCAAAAAGGCGAAAAAAACUCCGACCAAGGCUCCUAAGGCCGUUAAACCUAAAAAGGUCCCGGCUAAAUCAACUGCUGCUAAAACCAAAACACCGAAGAAAACCACCGCAGUUAAGAAGGCCACCAUUCCAAAGAAGAAGUAG